AUGGAAGCAUUGACGCCACAGACCCCUGAGUACCUUUCCUCUGAAAAUGGUGCAGUUCUUAGACCCGAAUAUCGAGGGAGGGAAGCAGCGUUCAAGCACCCCCUCAUCCGCCCCAGGACACAGGGGCCCAUCCAUUCCCCUUCACAGCCCAGGACCCAGAGAGAAGCCUGGGCGGGGCGGGGCCUGGACGCGCGCCGGCGCGUCCAGCAGGUGGCAGCAGCGAGCAGCCGCGCCCCCCGCGCAGCCACCCGGCGAGCCCGCAUCAUGGAUGUCGAGCUCUCCUAUUUCGCUUUGCUCGCCUUGGAAUUCGAGACCCCAGACGAGGACCAGGAUUCAUGA